AUGGAGGAUGAGGAGGCAGGGGAUGUGCCGUUCCGAGAGGUGGUGGGGAGCCUGAUGUGGAUCGCCAACCAGACGAGGCCCGACAUCUCAAAUGCUUUGCGGGCAGUGGCGGGGCACUCUCAUGAGCCAAAGAAAAGGCACUGGAAGGUGACCCAGAAGAUUAUGAAUUAUCUUCUGGAUACGGCACAUCAAACAUUGAAGUACAAGCAGGAUGAUAGGGUAGAAGUAGGCACGUUGGUGUACGUAGAUGCUGACUUCGCUAGCAAGGCCACUGACCGUAAAUAAGUUUCGGGAGCAUUAGUCCUUGUAGCUGACUGUCUUGUUGCUUGGAUUUCUAGGACGCAGAGAUGUGUUUCAUUGUCGACGUCUAAAGCAGAGUAUAUUGCGAUGGGCGAUGGUGUGAAGGAAGCUCUGUUUGUGAACGGAAUGCUAGAGUUCUAAGGCCUAGUGAGAAACUUGGUAAGAUUCAGGUACUUGAGGACAACGAGGGUGCGUGAUUGCGCUUGCUGAGAAUCCCCUUACCUCGUGUAACAGUAAGCACAUAGACGUGAGGCACCACUUUCUUAGGAAUUUGACAGAGGAGGGAGUGUUGGCAGUCAGUCACGUUUCAAGCUAAGAACGGCAUGCAGACAUCCUGACGAAGGCUUUGCCGAGAAACCUUUUUGAGGUUCAUCGUGAUUUUGUUCUGGCCUCGAGACCUAACAAGUAAGACAAGUAGGCGAGAGGUCUGAGUUGCGUUUUGGUUUUUGAUUUUUCUGAUGUAGUCUAAACUUGGUCUGGUCGAGACAACAGCCCCAAGGGAGGGUGUUCGAGGUGGCGGCAUGUGUAUCGACAGAAGCGUAAACAGUCUGCUUGGAUACUUUGAAUGUCGGGACUGUCGAGCUGAAGAGUCGCUGUGUAGCCACAUAUUGUGAGAAUAUAGUGGAAUCUUCUUGGUCUUGUACAUAAGCCCGAGGGUGGGUGACAUAUAUGUAGGAAAGUGCAUUGAUUGGUCCGUUCCAUGCAUCGGUCCGUGUUCGGUGUAUAUGCGUGAUCGGGCGGAUGCCCAAGCGUGAUGCUGUGGGAUGCUAUGCACCCACCCAGCUCACUCCACCUUUUGACCUGUUCUCCUGGUCCAAGGUCUCAUCAAUACAACAUAUUUUCCCCAGAAGCCACG